AUGCUUACUGGGUUGUCCAAGAUAUGUGCGCAUAGACCAAUCCAUACCAUAGUGGUGACCGCUCUCUUAGUUUCCUUAGCAUACCUAACCAUUGUGGAGGAGUACACAUCGAGAUCUUCAUUAUCCAAUCCUUUUAUAUCGUUUUACCACCCACCAGGAAACAGUGAUUACCAAAAUUGGAUUCCAGUGGAUGACUCUGUGAAGCUCAAAAGCAAGUCAGCCCAGCAUCUCUCUGUAUGCGCUUUGAAGUUUAAAAGGGUUAAUGGACAUCAGAUUCCCGAUCUGGCAGGAAGUUUUCAGAGCGCAGACCCAACUGAAAUAUUUGUCGUUCAGGAUUUUGACAAAUCAUUUGACUAUUUUGAUUCAAUUUCAACCAUUGAGGGUAAGGAUGGCAUCCAAUGGAAAGUCAGACACCCCAAUAGGUUGGGACGUUAUUCUGAGUACUUCAGAUCUGUUUUUUCAAAAACUUUGAGACUGGUUCAGGGUGCUGAACCAUUCGACAUUGUGCUUAUUGCUUUUGCUUACGUUGCUAUGUGGUACACAUUUUUGCAGCUCUAUUAUGAAAUGAAAACAAAGGCCAACUCUAACUUUUGGCUGACUUUCGGCUCUCUGCUGUCUUCAGGUUGUGCAUUUGUGUUUGCAUUGGCCGUCACUGUAAAAGUAUACGGUAUCAAGGUUCCACUCACAUCUUUAACUGAAGGUGUCCCAUUUUUGGUAGCUACCAUUGGUUUCAAACACAAAGUUGCAUUCACUGUUCCUAUUCUCCAAGCUUCCCGUUCAAAAAAAGCCAAAGAAAUUCCUGACACCAUUAUUUCAGUGAUUGAACAAACCACAGGGUGGCCUCUGAUUAAGGAUCAUCUCAUUAUGAUUUCCGCCUUCUUAGCAUGUUCUUUUUAUGCCCCCCGUAUGGAAGGACUCAAAAACUUUUGCAUUCUCUCCGCUAAUAUCUUAACGUUUGACCUUAUAAUGAUUUUCACAUUUUUUACCGCUGUAUUAUCUUUAAAAGCUCAGAUUAAUAAGGUUCACGAAACAACUGCUUUGCAGCAAGUUCUGGAGGAAGAUGGAAUUGCUGAAGAUGUUGCUGAACGCAUUGCUGCUUCAAACCGAAAUAUGUUUUCCCGUAGUACCAGCGUCGUCAGCUUCAAAGUGAUAAUGAUCGCUGGGUUCCUUGGAUUCCAUUUAUUUGUGUUGGGAACUUCAUGGCUCUAUGACUCUGACGUUUCAAGCUCUUCUAUAUUUGGUAAGAGCAAUGUAUCUGCCUUAUCCAAAGCUGCUGCCAAACAUAUUCCUAUUGGAUCCGAAGGAACUAUUGUGACCAUUAUGCCUACGAGGGUUUACAUGCCUGUUGAUUUACUUCUAAAGUUGGAAGAUGAUUUUCUGAACAUUUUUUCCAAGAUAUCGGCUAGCAUAACUGAUCCUUUGAUUAGCAAACUUCUUUUCAUAAUUACCGGAAUAAGUGCCACAAUCAACGUUUACUUGUUGAAUGCUGCUCGAUUCCACUCGUCUAGAGAAAUUGCUGUCUCUACAAUUGCAAAGCCUCAAACGCCAGACGUUGUUCCCACAGUAGAACCGCUUCCAAAUGAAAAUGACACAAGCAUUCGACCAUUGGAGGAGAUGGUUUCAUUGCUGAAGGAAGGUAAAACACGAGAGCUGAACAAUGAUGAGGUAUCAUCUCUCGUUGUUCAAGGAAAACUUCCCUUGUACGCCCUAGAAAAACAACUUGUUGAUAAGACCCGCGCAGUUAUUGUAAGAAGGAAGGCAAUUGCUUCCUUAGCAGAUGCUCCGGUCUUGAGAACCGAAAAGCUGCCUUACAAAGAUUAUGAUUAUGACCGUGUAUUUGGCGCUUGUUGUGAGAAUGUUAUCGGAUUCAUGCCCUUACCAGUCGGCGUUGCUGGUCCCUUGAUCAUUGACGGUAAACCUUAUCACAUUCCCAUGGCUACUACUGAAGGCUGCUUAGUAGCCUCAACCAUGAGAGGUUGUAAAGCUAUCAAUUCUGGAGGCGGUGUAGAAACUGUUCUGACAGCCGACGGAAUGACAAGAGGACCAUGCGUUUCUUUCCCAUCUCUUUCUCGUGCAGGUGCAGCUAAGAUGUGGCUAGAUAGUGAAGAAGGGCAAAAGACCAUUAAGGGUGCGUUUAACUCCACCUCUAGAUUUGCCCGUUUGCAGCAUGUUAAGACAACCCUUGCUGGUACAUUAUUGUUCAUCCGAUUCAAGACUACUACUGGUGAUGCGAUGGGUAUGAACAUGAUUUCUAAGGGUGUGGAGUAUUCACUAAAGUUUAUGUCGGAAGAAUGUGACUGGCCUGACAUGGAAGUUAUUUCUGUUUCAGGUAAUUACUGUACAGACAAAAAAGUUGCUGCAAUCAACUGGAUCGAAGGUCGUGGUAAGUCUGUCGUUGCUGAAGCUCGUAUUCCAGCCGAUGUUGUCAGAAGCGUUCUGAAGUCCGAUGUUGAGGCAUUGGUAGAAUUGAAUGUUAGCAAGAACUUGAUUGGAUCCGCAAUGGCAGGAUCAAUUGGUGGUUUCAACGCACAAGCUGCCAAUCUAGUUACAGCAGUAUACUUAGCUACAGGACAGGAUCCAGCCCAGAAUGUCGAAAGUUCCAACUGUAUUACCUUGAUGAACAAGCUCCCAAAUGGAGAUUUACAAAUUUCAGUCUCUAUGCCAUCUAUCGAAGUUGGAACCAUUGGUGGAGGAACCGUUUUGGAACCUCAAGGAUCAAUGUUGGAACUAUUAGGAGUUAAAGGUCCUCACCCAACUAAUCCAGGUGCAAACUCAAGGCAGUUGGCUAAGAUCGUUGCUUCUGCUGUCUUGGCUGCAGAGCUGUCCUUGUGCUCUGCCCUUGCAGCUGGUCACUUAGUCCAAAGUCAUAUGACCCAUAACAGAAAGCAAGCUCCAGUCAAGGAGGUAAACGGCACUGCCGCUAGGCUAGCGGAACAAUCUAAGAUUUGCAUUAAAUCUUGA